CUAUCCUUGGUCCUCGGUCCAUAUUACCAAAGAUCCUCUUUGAUAUUACUUUAUCAAGAUGAAAGAAAUCAAAAUUGAGAAAAAAUUAUAAAAGUCAGUCGUCUCUUUAUUUGAUCUUUGGUGAAGGCCAUCAGCUGAUUUUGACAACUCCAGAAAGCUUGUGUUUGUUUUUAUCAGCACUUUCAUUUCAUGCAGGUUACAUGGUGGUCUAGAAAAAAUGAAUGCCAUAAUAUCACUAGGUCACUUUUGUGAGUCCCAUGGACCCUGCGUGAUUAUGUGCACCCAAAAAUCAAAGGAGGAACCCCAACAAACUCCUCACAGCCUUACAGUGCCUUGGUGUGAAGCAUGCCAAUCUGUAGAUUUAGAUCUUGCUUUGGUAACUAAAAACGAAUCAGGUUGCUUUGUAUCUACUCGAACUCCCCUUCAACAAGACUUGGCAUUUCUGCUCAAGCAAGCCAUAGUUAGAAGUUUAAGCUGUGAGGAGGAAACCAGCAAAGAAGGUGGUACAUUAUAUUUUGGAGAUAAUGAGAGAGGUCAUAUUAUAAGCCACAGCUUUAGUCUGCAAGACUCGUUGGCCAGGGGUUUCCAUAGAAAAUACAGCAUACUUAUGCUUAUGAAAGAUAAGAUUCAUCUAUUAAACUUAUGGCCAAGUGUUAUUCCUACAAUAAAACAAAUAGCAUCAGAACUUCAGGAGAAGGCGGCUAAAGUGAAUGGAGUCGAACAAGCUCAGUGUUCACAACGGGCAGUGAGGCAGGCCCAAGGCUCUCCAGGACACCAAUCCAGAUCCCUGCCUCAAUUAACAGGUGAACCGGCAGUGUUUGCACAUCUGCACAUGUGGUUCACUUGGAUCUUAAACAGUGAAAGAUUUAUAGAAAAAGUUAUUGACGUUCCAAAAAUUCCAAUCAAAUGCGAUAAUCCCAGAAUAUUGAGGAAUCUACUUAAUGAUAUGAAAGAGGAAGUGUUUAAAGUUACCUGUUAUUGUGUUUUAACUGGUAUGUGCCUUCAGUUUGAGGAUCAGAAUGUUUUGGAUGCUUUCAGGCAGUUGGUCCCCACUAAUUUCAAGGUACCUAAUACUGGUCCUCCAGCCAAACUUGUAAAGAAUGAAACAUGGAAAGUUGAAUGGACUGGAUAUUUGCCAAAUCGUCUUCCCACUUUACAAACCCUCAUUGAAGAAGCCUUGAAAAAUGAUAAGUUAACAGAUGAAGUACUAGAGUCCUAUUUCACAAGCCUCAUUCUCACUUGGCUGAAUAUAGCAAAAUCUCUUAGGUGGACGCCAAAUCCCGACCAAAAUCUUCUUCAAGCUCUUGGAAUAAGUAGACAUGACCUACCAUUAUUGGCAUAUUGGACAUCUAAUUGUAGAUGAUGAGGUAGUAUUAUUCCAUUAUGGAGAGAUUGAAAAAAGAAUUUUCUUUUAAUAUUAAUCGUUACGAUGAACCUAAGCCAGUUCGGUCAAUAUGAGUUUGACAGUGCUCUGGGGAAAAACAGAUAUUGUUCAAGUAGUAUUUUAAUACAUCUUGUGAUGAAACAUUUAUAUUCACAAAAUUGUUACAAAUAACAAAAAAAUAUAAUUAACAGACAAAAUCAAUCAA